AUGGCGACGCCAGCCGACGCCGCCGGCGCGAUGGCCCCCCCCGACGCCCAGAUGCAGGCGAUGACGAAUUUCAUGGAGAACUGCUGGACCAAGAGCGUCAUGUCCGGCGUGAUGGGUUUCGGCAUGGGUGGAUUAUUCGGCAUGUUCAUGGCAUCCAUGUCCUACGACACGCCCUUCCACACGGCCACGAUCGACGGCAAGCCGACCACCACCCCGAUCUCGGACCUCCCCCUGCGCCAGCAGCUCCGGCACGGCUUCAAGGACAUGGGCACGCGGUCGUACAGCAUGGCCAAGAACUUCGGCAAGGUGGGCGCGCUGUUCGCGGGCAUCGAGUGCGGGAUCGAGGGCCUCCGGGCCAAGAACGACCUGGGCAACGGCGUCGCGGCGGGGUGUCUGACGGGCGGGAUAUUGGCCAAGAACGCGGGGCCGCAGGCGGCGCUGGGCGGGUGCGUUGCGUUCGCGGCGUUUAGUGCCGCUAUUGAUGCGUAUAUGAGGAGUCCGAAGGAUGAGUGA